AUGGCUCAGUAUGGCCUAUUUGUGGAAGAUCCUGAAUUGGAAUGGGAGAGAAUGGCGACACUAAUGGAUGAAGACACGAUCCCAGCUCCUGCACCCAGAGCCAAAUCCGAAUCCCCAUUACCUGAAGCCAAGAAGUUGCCUGAGUACAUGAUUGUCUCAAAAUCUAAGGACCCGAUUGAGCUUUUCAAGCCAGAAAAGGGUGCCAGACCCCUCCCUAACUUGGCCAAGAAAAUACUUCUUCCAGAUGAUGCUUCUGCACUUACCACUGGAAAUUCAGCACCUCCAAAGUUGGUUGAAAUCUUGUGCCAUGUUGACCGAAUAUAUGUAAGAAUUAAGAGGGAGGUCUUUAAGUCAAGGGAUGCAUAUAAAUAUUUGAAACUAGGCGCCUGUCCUGUUAACCAAGGUACGAAAGAGCAUUACUACCUUCUGCAUCUGCUGAAAACUGACUGUGGAUACAAGAAAGAGAGCAAUGCAGAUUUUCUGUCGGUCAGCAAUAAGCUCCGCUACAUGCCAAAAGGUCCUGUAUUAAGAGAAAUGCCAUUUGAAAUUCCCCUGAAGUGUAAAUAUCCCAGGUUGUUUUACUCCUAUACAGUUGGCUUCUAUCCCAGACUUGUCGGUGGCACAGUUUACAAAUCACUCCAACCAAAAAGUAGUUUCACCCUCACUUCUCUAGAUGUAUCAGGGAAUGAAAUCACUGGUGCCGUAAUGUACACCCUUGGACAGCCGAUGUACUUUGAGGCCAAGACUUCACGGUCUGGAGAUCAGAGGAUGUACAUCAACAAAUGCUACAUGACAGCCUCCCAAAGCUCCAAUCAAUUAUAUACAGUCAUUGACAAUCAAGGUUGUAUGAUUGAUGGUAAGAUGAACAAGCAGUCAAAGUUCCUCACUGGUGACUCAAAGAUGACCCAGAAGUUCACCGUGGGUGCUUUUGUUUUCAAAGACUUGCUUACCAGUGGCUCUACAACACAGCAACUCUACAUGCGCUGUGAGCUCAUUCAGAAGAACGUUCUACCGACUACGAGUUCGAAGGCUUGCAAUUAUGAUCAAGUUACUAAAAAACCUUUUGUCAAACCCUGCUGUAUUGCUGCUUGUUUCUUCAGCACCAAACUUGUCAAUCUUCUGCGUUCUGCAGCCUGCUAUAAUCGUCUUAAUGCUUUCAGGUGGAAGGAGCUGUACGGCGAUGACUCUGUAUGUGCCUGCUGUGACACAUCAUGCCCGUUACAGCCAAAGGCUACCAGGAAUAUGGUUACCAGUCACUCUUGGAAGGUCGACUUGAACAAGGAUGGAUCUGUGGAGGUUGACCCACGGAUGAAAUCCUUUGACACCGGCACAAUCAACUUUGAGGAUUCUGAUAUGACAGAGCACCGUGACUUCCUAAACUACUGGGAUCAUGAUUACUAAAAAAUUUCCAUGUGAAA